AUGAAGAAGAAAAAGUCCCCUAUUACUAUUGCCCCGCAGAACAAAACGAGACCCCCACGAAAAGAAAAAACAACGAGAAACACAUACACUAUAAAUAUGGACGCUGUGUUCGGGUAUUUCGGCGGCGGUUCCUCCGCGCAGUCGAAGAAAAACAAAAGGCUGCAACAACAACAAAACGAGCGAUCGUCGUUACCGUCUUUACGUCAAGGGCACCAGAAAUCGUUGUCGUUUGGCGUUGACGAUGAUUUUGAUGAUGAUGACGAAGAUGAGGAUGAUGAGAUUGAAAGGAGUAGCGACGAGGACACGGAGGAGGAAGAGGAGGAGGGAAAAGCGAGCGGGCAUAGGAAGAAAAACAAGAAGAACAGUAAGAAGAACGAGAAGAAUAAGAAGAACAGUAAAAAACGGAAAGAUAAACUGGACGCGUUGCUCGAUAACGACGACGAGGAAGAUGAUUUAGAGGCGGCGGAGGACCAAGCGAAGAGUUUUGAGAUGCUGAGAGAAAAAUUGGACCAAUCGGAACGGUUGCGCGUGUCGGAAAUGCGCGAAUCGAAACAACGGUUACUGGUGGCGAGGCAACAGUCCGCGGAGUUUUCGAGAAUGGUGGCGAAGGAUUUGAAGGACAUGGAGGAGAAGAUUGUAGGAGGGAGUACUAACGACGCGGAAGAGCUUAUUGAAAUGUUGAAGCAGACGUUGGAGGAGGCGAAAGCGUUUGCGGCGAACGCGACGGAGGAGCAGAAGAGAGCCAUACGGGAGGUUGGCGUAGACGCGACGCACGUUAUGGCGGCAGACGGAAAAGGAGAAGAAGGAGACGGAAAGGAAGAAGAAGAAGAAGAAGAAAGAGAAGCAGAGGAAGAAGAAUUUGAUAAAGUUACGGAUCAGGUGAUGGCGGACGCGAGCGAUGUCGCGACGGAGAAUAUUAAUAGGGAGAAUAGAAACAACAACAACAACAACACAGGCGGAUUUAAGAAAGGUUUUUUGAUGGAGAGAAAUCCAAACAACGCGAUCGAGGUUGAGAUGAAAAAACUGGAAGAGGCAAAGAAGAGGAACGGAGGCGGAGCGAAUCCGAGAGAGUCCUUCUUAGAGCGCGCCAAAUACAUACCGCUGCGAUUAGAUCACGACGAACGGAAAUACUUGCGUUUGUUAGAAGCAGCGUUACACGUGAGCGAGUACACCGACGUUGUUGACGUGCAGUCGUGGUCAUCCAGGUCGCAACGAAUUGCGAGGAUGAUUAAAGAGAUUUGCGCCAUCAUGUCCGGUUUAGUCGUGGCUUCGGAUUACAGAGCUGGGCAAAAACUCAUUCAAGACCGCGAGUUUAAGGACAACGCGAACUUUUUCGGGAUGAUAUUUGAAAUCGGAAGGAGGCAUAAAAUCAUGAACCCGGAAAAGAUGCGAUCGGAGUACGGGAAGAUGGUGUAUUUGUUACAAGACUCGCAAUCGCCAGACGUGAGAGAGAUGUUGUCGUUUAAGUUGGUGAGACCGUUGAAAACGGCGUACUGGUUGCUUUCGGAAUCUGAAAACGGUUUGGACAUGCUCAACGAUCCCUUAAUGUCUACCGCGACGGCGGAAAUCAUGCACGAAGGGAAGCCGAGACACGAGGUGCAAAGAGAGAUCAAGCAAAAAGAACGCGCCAGGGAAACAUUGAGCAAAAAAUACGCGGCGAGAGAUUUAAGUUCGGAAGACAUUUUGCACGUCUUAUACUCCAUCGCGGACAACAACGCGUACUUGCGCUAUAAUCGCGACCCGGUUGAUGAAAUGUUAAAAUUUCUGACGGAUAUGUUCGAUCCUAAAACACCCGAGGAAGGGUUCUCGUUGGGCAUCUCCACAGGGAUGGAGGGCGCGCGCCUAUCGCAUAAUCAUGGCAGGCAGUACGCGUAUGUUUCUCAAUCGCUGAUGCUGUGGAGAGAAGUCGCGAACGAUAUGUUCAAACUCUGGUACUUGGCCGAACACGAUUUGUUGCGAGAUAACAACCGAUACACGUUGCAAAAUACCGGUCAAGGUCUCAAUCGCGUCCAACAUUCGCCGCAAACGUUGAAGUGCAUGCAUGAGAUUUUGCACAGAUGUCAAUCGAAAUUAGGUCACUGGGUCGGAUCUUCAGUCAUUCACUUGGGCGACCACAACGUCCCGAAUGCGUUAAUGUUUAUCGACAAGUACACGCAAGUGGCGAGAAUUUUAGCGCCGGUCGUCCUCGUAGUAAAAGAGUUGCCGAAACUGGCGAGCAAAAACCGCGAGUUGCGCCAAUACAUCGAGAACGCCUUUGACAGCGUGGAGAGCUGUCGUAAGUUGAUUUUGACGGACUUUUUUAGGCACGCGUUUGACGGCUCUGGUGCAGAUAAUUUCUUUGACGCCGGUUCGUGCAUCGACGGUCGAUUGACGUCCGCUUGGAACUGGUGUUCGAAAAUCGAAAAGAAGUCGUACUACCACGUGUUUAAGUUGUGCGGCUUUGCGUCGUUCGAUUCUCGGGAUCAGUAA